AUGAGGAAAUUUGCUUCCUGCGCCGCGUUUGGCAUUCACAGAGCGGUAUAUUAUAUACAGACCUUGGAAGCCAUGUUUGCUGCUAGCAUAACUGCUAAAAUGGGGCUCUUUUUUUAUUAGAAAUGCACUUUACAACUUCAAGGCGUUUGUGCUAAAAUUGAGUUUUUGUUACAUGUACAGGGGCCAUCGCCGAUCACGAGUCAUGUCUUGAAAUUUCUGUAGAGUACAUUAACGUUAAUAUCAAAUGGCCAGAUUCAGCAGCGACAACAAAAAAAAAACAGUCACUUGGUUCACGAGUCAUCCAUACCUUGACCACUUAAGCCACUGUUACUCUAACCAUAGCCAGUUGAUUUUUCCACACAAACUAGAACAAGCAGCCAACUAUUCCCGUAAUCGUUAUUCGUCUAAAGCCACGUUUAAGCUGUUGCGAUCCGUACGAGAACUUGUCCUUGACAAUUGUCGAUCAGUUGAAGGAAAAAUCGAAGGCCUCACAGCUGAGUUUGUCAACUUGGAGUUCCUCAGUUUGAUAAAUGUUGGCUUAAUCUCAGUGUCCAACCUGCCUAAACUAGGAAAACUCAAAAAGCUGGAGUUGAGCGACAACAGAAUCAGUGGCGGCCUUGAUGUUUUAGCAGAGAAACUACCCAACCUCACACAUCUAAACCUGAGCGGCAACAAAUUGAAAGACAUAAGCACAUUGGAACCAUUGAAAAAGCUGGAUAACCUGAAGAGUUUGGACCUGUUCAACUGUGAAGUGACAAACCUGAAUGACUACAGAGAGAGCGUGUUUAAGCUCCUGCCCCAGCUCACCUACCUGGAUGGUUAUGACAUGGAGGACAGGGAAGCCUCCGACUCGGACGGAGAGGUGGACGGAGACGGCGUAGAUGAUGAUGAAGAUGAAGAGGGAGAGGAGGAGGAAGAUGAGGAUGGAGAGGAGGAGGACUUUGACGAGGAAGAGGAGGAUGAGGAAGAUGAAGAUGAGGUAGAAGGAGAAGAGGACGACGAGGAGGUCAGCGGAGAAGAUGAGGAGGAAGAAUUUGGUCAGGAUGGAGAAGUAGAUGAAGAGGAUGAAGAUGACGAUGAAGAUGAAGACGGUAUGUACCAUCUCCGUUAAGAGCAACUAUACACC